CGAGGAUGCCGGGGGCGCGCCCCUGCUGGGCGCUGGCGGUGAGUCUGUGGCUCCUGGCGGCGCCGCCGGGCGCAGAGAGCGGCUGCGCCCAACUGGGCCACUGCUGCCCGGGCAGGAGCCUGGCGUGCGUGAGCUCCGGCUGGAGACCGGACGGAUCCCACGGACCCUGCUACUGCGACCAGGCCUGCCCUUACACCUUGGACUGCUGCCACGACUACCGGCAAGUCUGUCCAGUGGUCUCCUGUGCAGUCUCUGAGUGGAGUGAAUGGAGCGGCUGUGCAGAACCUUGCAAGGAGACCUACCGGGUUCGUAGGAGGCGGGUCAUCCAGGAACCGAGAAAUAGUGGUGAAGCGUGUCCCCCUCUGGAGGAGAAGGCUGGCUGCUUGGAAUACUGGAACCCUCAGGGGCAAGAAUGCAAGAAGUCCUUCAUCCCAGCAUUAAUAACCACAGGAGGCUAUGGGAAAGCAAGGAAGAAGCGUGCCGCAUCUAAGGAAAAUGAAAGAGCUGGGUAUUGUGUUGAAUUUCAGCUCCUGUCUAUCACAAAAGGUUGUCUCCAUGGGAACAGUUCGUAUACUCACUGGAUGAAAUAUCUCAGUGAAGGACACACUGUCUGUGUGGAAUGCCAGCAUCCAGCUUUGGAAUCCCGAAGUUUGCACUGCUCUGGGGAUGGCAGUGGAGCCAAAAAGAACCAGCAACUACACUGGCAGGCUGUGGGAAAUCCCCGAUGCAGGGGAACUUGGGAGAGAGUUCGCCAGCUGGACACUUGUUCAUGCCCUUCCGUUCACAGCUUCUUGUUCAUCUGAGUUUCACCCACUUGCUUCUUGGACUUCCGUUUCUAUUUCUUUGGCAGUUCUCUUUCACGGAGUUUCAACGGUUAACAGCUGCAGCCGGUCUGCUGACUGACACAUUAUAAGUUCAGAGGGCUGCCACUUUUAAGGAGCUUUUGCUUUGGGGCAUAAGGAGAUUUCCAGAUGUCUGGUACUGAAGCUUCCUUGUGUCUUUAUCUCAAAGAGUCCUGAGUUGUAGAUUCUUAAAAGAUCCUGUUUGAGGGAUUCUGGACAGCAAUAUUGGACACCUGUUGACAGAUCAUGUUCUUGAUGACUGAUCAAGACUGCUUGUCUAGGACUGUAAGUGGAUACUAGCCAUGGUGACUAAAGGGUUCCCUCCAUAUUCAGAGGCAAUUAGCCUCUGAAUCCCAGUGCCUCUAUGCCAAGGAAGUUGUUGGCCAAUGUGUGAGACAGGAUGCUGGACUAGAUGGACCACUGGUCUGAUCCAGCAGGGCUCUUCUGAUGUGCUUGGGUGUGUUCAUCAUAAGCACAGAGUAAGUGCCAGUUGUGGUUUUAGGUACAGAACUCUGCUUAUUAAGAAGCACUUCAUUUAAAAAAAAAACCAAGUUAAUUUAUGUCUUUAUGAUUGCAGCAAUAUGCUUGACUGUAUGGGAGGCAAGAUGUACAGAAAUCCUAGAAGCCAGAGAUGUGGCUGAACAAGAUUCCAGGGGACCAGGACUUGUCCUUGGCUAGUUCAAGUGCUGACUACAAGUUUUUCUGGACCCCUUUGCCUUCACUGCUCUGCUCUGCCCUGGUCCCUUUCUCUUCCUAAGCCUGUCCUAUCCUGGAACUUAUUUUUCAGUCCUGUGUACUCAGCAGGCUGGCCAAGACCGUAGCAGUCUUUCUUGCCAUAUACCUAAGCAGCCUUCUUGGUAAUUUGGUGAGAAGAAAGCAAGAGAAAUAAUGCUGCUUGGCUUACUGGCAAAGUGCCUUUAUGCAACUGCAGUCUGAUUGAAUGUGUGCUUAUUGGGAAGCAAGCUCCGCUCAAGAGUCUUAUUCCCAGUAAGUGUGCAUAGGAUGCUAGCCUUAAAUAGACCUUUACUCUGCUGUUAAUUUCUUCUCUAAUUUGAAAUCUGGAAACCCUUGAAAGUAUUUUCUGUCUGCAAUAGUGGGCAUUUUUUUUUUUGGGGGGGGGAGUAAUAUAUUAAUGUACCUUCUGUCUUUGCUUGGCUAUUUUUACUAGUGAAGGAAACACCUUCAUUUACAGGGUUCAGCCUAGCUGUUCUGGCAGCCUUCCCAGUACAAAAAGAAGGUUAUCUGUAUAUCUUAUGCACUUGGGACUUCCGUGUAGGACCAUCAGCAGCUGCAGUGAGCUGGGGAGGCCUCUGUGCCCUUGAAUUGCACCAGGGAAAGUUUUAAUUUAAUUUAAGUCUUUUGUGUUCCUUGAUUGCACAUGUGAAUGUUGUUUAUAUGCAUCGAUACAGCAUGAGGCAGUUUUAAAGCAUUAGAUUACACCUAGACAAUGUAAGGAAUAAAGCAUAUUUUGGCAAAUAA